CAGCAUGCUCCGCAUCCUGAUGCUGCUUGCGGGGCUCGGUGGCGCGCUGGCGUCUGGACCUGGUUCUGAAAACUCAUUUAUACAAGUUAUAUUUCCAGAGAAAAUCCAAGCAAAUACAAGCAAUGGUUCAGAAGUAGAAGACAUAUUGGCUAUUAAAUUCUGCUCUGAACAUUUACGUGUGGACAUAUAUUUUCCUUUCUCUUGGGUCGGUUCUUAGGAGUGAAACUGCUGUGUCAUAUGUUUGUCCUGACACUACAAUGGCUGGUAGAGGUUUCUUGCCCAGAGAGUAAUCCAGAACUUCAUCCCUGAGAGAUUGGACCCCUGGUUACUCUACCUUUGUCAGCUCUUGUGAUUUCUGCUGUAAGUUGUUGCUGUGAUACUAGGUGCAUAGAUAUAGAACAGAUAUCCUAUAUUAUUCCAAUAGAUGAGAAACCAUAUACUGUGCACCUUAAGCAAAGAUUUUUUUUAGCACAUAAUUUUAUGGCUUAUUUGUAUAAAGAAGGAUCUAUGAAUUCUUAUUCUUCAAAUGUUCAGACUCAAUGCUACUACCAGGGACAUAUUGAAGGAUAUCCAAGUUCUGUCGUCACACUCAGCACAUGCUCUGGACUGAGAGGAAUACUGCAAUUUGAAAAUGUUUCUUAUGGAAUCGAGCCUCUGGAAUAUACAGAGGAAUUUCAGCAUCUUCUUUAUAAAUUAAGGAAUGAAAACAAUGGACUUGCAGUACUUACUGAAAAUAACCGAGGCAUAGAACAAAACCCAAGGGCCUAUAACUUUUUUAUAAGUGAAAAAUCAGAAUCAGCUGUUCCAGAUUUAAUUCCUCUUUAUCUAGAAGUGCAUAUUGUGGUGGACAAAGUUUUGGAUCGUAUAGCUCAUCGGAAAGCUAGAGUUGAGGAUCAGAGACAGUAUGAUUACUUGGGCUCUGAUAGCAUGAUUAUAACAAAUAAAAUCAUCGAAAUUAUUGGCCUUGUAAAUUCGAUGUUUGCCCAAUUUAAUGUUACUGUUGUGCUGUCAUCAUUGGAGCUGUGGUCAGAUAAAAAUAAGAUUUCUACAGUUGGUGAGGCGGAUGAAUUACUGAGUAGAUUUUCAGAUUGGAAAAAGUCCUAUCUUACCCUAAGGCCUCAUGAUAUUGCAUAUUUAUUCAUCUAUAAAGAUUAUCCAGAUUAUGUGGGAGCAACGUUUCCUGGAAAGAUGUGCAUUACCCAUUAUUCUGCAGGAAUUGCUUUGUAUCCCAAGGAGAUAACUUUGGAGGCAUUUUCAGUUAUUUUCACCCAGAUGCUGGGAAUCAGUCUGGGAAUAUCAUACGAUGACCCAAAGAAAUGUCAGUGUUCAGGAGCUGUCUGUAUAAUGAAUCCAGAAGCUAUUCAAUACAGUGGUGUGAAGACUUUUAGCAGUUGCAGUUUGAGUGACUUUGAAAAUUUCGUUUCAAAAAUGGGUGCCAGAUGUCUUCAGAAUAAGCCACAAAUGCAAGCAUCUGCACAAUCCACGUGUGGCAACCGCAGAGUGGAGGGCCGUGAAGUCUGUGACUGUGGCACUGUGGAACAAUGUGGACCUCUUACCUGUUGUGAUCCUCCAACUUGUACACUGAAAGCAGGAGCACAAUGUCAUGAAGGAUUGUGCUGCAAGAGCUGUAACAUUUCAGGAAGAGGUGUUCUAUGUAGGCCGACAGCACAUUCUGAAUGUGAUUUACCUGAGUAUUGUGAUGGAGUCUCACCACAGUGUCCACCUGAUAUAACUUUUCACGAUGGAAAGUUAUGUAAAGGAGAAUAUUUUUGUUAUGGUGGAGAAUGCCAAGAUCUUGAUGCACGUUGUCAGAGCCUAUUUGGAGCAGGUUCAAGAAAUGCUCCAUUUGCCUGCUAUGAAGAAAUACAAAAUCAUAAUGAUAGAUUUGGGAACUGUGGUAAGAAAUCAGGCAGAUAUAUAUUCUGUGGAUGGAGGAAUCUUAUAUGUGGAAAAUUAAUUUGUACCUACCCUUCUACAAAACCUUACUAUCAAGAAAAUGGUGCUGUGAUUUAUGCUUUUGUACGAAAUACUAUAUGUAUAACUCUAGACCUCCAAGUGAAUGAUCCAGAUCCAAUGUUGGUCCAUAGUGGCGCUAUUUGUGAUGAUGGCAGGUUGUGUGUGGAUCGGCAAUGUGUAGAAGCAAGGUUCCUCCAGAGCCAAUUGCACAAUUGUUCAGCAAAGUGCCAUGGCAAUGGAGUGUGUACUUCCAAUUUGACGUGCCAUUGUAAAUCUGGCUACAACCCUCCAGAUUGCCAAACACGUAGCAGAGAAUCUUCUAGAUUGCCUGGGAAACAGAGUUUAAUCAUGGAAAGAGCUUUUAGGAAGGCUGAAAAAAACUGGUGGUUUCUAGGUCUCUACAUUGGUUUACCUGUUCUCGUCAUAGCAAGCAUAAUAGCGGUUGUAUGGAAUAAUUUGAAAAAGUGGCUCACCAAGGAAGAGGAAGCCCUAAGUAGCAACUCAGAAGGCAGCACUCACACAUAUGCCAGCAGUUCUGGAUCAGAAAGCAGCAGCCAAACAGAUCCGGUCGGAUUCAAAUCACAGGAAAGCACCCAAACACAUAACAUAACUAGUAAUUCCUUCAGAAGGCAAUGGAUAUCACCGAGAGUCUCACUCAGAAAUGAAAAUUCCGCCUUUCCUCCCCUAACCACAGCUGAAGGAAACAAUAAAUGGAGUGUGGACCAAUUUGCAUGCAUGUCUCUUUUUCUCUCCCACCUCUGAGGCUGCCAUUCUGCAAUUUCAGGGCCCUUCACUGAAGACAGUCAUCUCAACUCAGGCAUCUAAAUCCCCACGUGGCUCCCUGAGCUCUUCUCAGCAGCUCUCCCACCACCCACUCGGGUUUACUGCCUGGGGCCCCAUGCGCUGGGGAGCUGUAUCAACUGUCCUUGCUCAGGAAGGGAUCUGGGUGGUGGGCCACGUUCCUCUUCCUGGGCCUUCUCACCAGACUUGGCUGGCUGCAUAGUGGUCUGCAUUAAUCCUGUAUUAGCCCACCUCACCGUCCGUCCCCACAACCUCAACCAGGGCUUCUAAGGGAGUCUGUGUUUGCUUUGGGGGCUAUACUUUCCCGUCCAGGCCUCUUGCUCUACCCACUACCUUUCUCUUGCCCCUCUGCUAGGUGACCUGCAGGGUGAAUCCCAGAAGACAGAAGGACCCUGAGAGUUUCGGCUUCGGUCUCAGGGACAAAGAUUAAGCCUGUAUCAGAGUUUGGUAUCAAGAUUGAUAAAUAAAGUUGGGAAAAAGUUCUCACAUUUUCCA